AUGGCUCUCCUUCCAUACCUCAUCCUCUGCUUGAUACCCUAUACCCUCGCCUCUCAGCGCCGUCUCCACCCCCGCGACGAUGCAGCCUUCUCCCCGCCCUACUACCCAGCCCCCAACGGCGGCUGGCUCUCCGACUGGGCCGACGCAUACGAGAAAGCGCAAAGGGUUGUAGGCAACAUGACCCUCGCCGAGAAGGUCAACCUGACCACCGGGACGGGCGAGUUCAUGGGCCCCUGUGCCGGACAGACAGGGAGUGCUCUCCGCUUCGGCAUCCCCAACCUAUGCCUGCACGACUCGCCGCUGGGAAUCCGCAACUCCGACCACAACACGGCCUUUCCAGCGGGUGUGACUGCCGGUGCGACAUUUGAUAAAGACCUGAUGUACCAGCGCGGCGUGGGACUCGGGGAAGAAGCGCGAGGGAAGGGCGUCAAUGUUCUUUUGGGGCCGGUCGUUGGUCCGAUGUUUCGCAAGCCCAGGGGUGGUCGUGGAUGGGAGGGCUUUGGGGCGGACCCCAGUUUGCAGGCUAUUGGGGGCGCGCAGACAAUCAAGGGGAUGCAGAGUACCGGGGCGAUUGCCUGCAUUAAGCAUUUCAUUGGGAAUGAGCAGGAGAUGCAUCGGGAGACUACUGUCCUUGGGCCAGGAUACUCGUCAAAUAUUGAUGAUCGCACGCUCCAUGAGCUUUAUCUGUGGCCCUUUGCGGAGGGUGUCAGGGCUGGGACGGGUGCUGUGAUGAUGGCUUACAAUGAUGUCAACCGGUCUGCCUGCAGCCAGAACAGCAUGCUCAUCAACGGAGUUCUCAAAGACGAGCUCGGCUUCCAGGGCUUCGUCGUGACCGACUGGCUGGCUCAGAUGGGCGGCGUCUCGUCUGCUCUGGCGGGGCUUGACAUGGCCAUGCCUGGCGAUGGUCUCAUCCCAUUGCUGGGAGAUAGUUACUGGGGAUCGCAGCUGUCUCGCGCCAUCCUGAACGGGACGGUUCCCAUGGAGCGUCUCAACGAUAUGAGCCAGGUCACUCGAAUCGUCGCCACCUGGUACCAGAUGGGCCAGGACCAAGACUACCCCCUCCCCAACUUCUCCAGCAACACCCUGGACGAGAUUGAGCCUCUGUAUCCAGGCGCCCUCCUCUCGCCCACCGGAGUCGUGAACCAGUACGUCAACGUCGAAGGCGACCACAACAUCACCGCGCACGCCAUCGCCCGCGACGCCAUCACGCUCCUCAAGAACGACGACAACACCCUCCCUCUCUCCAAAAAUGCCUCGCUCUACGUCUUCGGCACCGACGCGGGCCCCAACUCCAACGGACUCAACUCCUGCUCCGACCAGGGCUGCGACAACGGCGUCCUAACCAUGGGCUGGGGCAGCGGCACCUCGCGCUUGCCCUACCUCGUCACGCCCCAGGAAGCCAUCGCCAACAUCACCCCCAGCGCUGCCUUCUACAUCACCGACACCUUCCCCUCGGAUCUCACCCCCAACGCCUCCUCCACCGCCAUCGUCUUCAUCAACGCCGACUCCGGCGAGAACUACAUCACCGUUGAAGACAACCCCGGCGACCGCACCACCGCCGACCUAUUCGCCUGGCACAGCGGCGACGAGCUGGUCCAAGCCGCCGCGCAGGCCUUCUCCUCCGUGGUCGUGAUCAUCCACACCGUCGGCCCCCUCAUCCUCGAGAACUGGAUCGACCUCGACCCCGUCAAAGCCGUGCUCAUCGCCCACCUCCCCGGGCAAGAAGCCGGCUACUCCCUGACCGACGUCCUCUACGGCGACUCCAGCCCCAGCGGCCAUCUGCCCUACACCAUCCCCUAUAACGAAACCAACUACCCCGCCAGCGUCGGCCUGCUCGACCAACCCUUCGGCCAGAUCCAGGACGACUUCACCGAGGCCCUCUACAUCGACUACCGCCACUUCCUCCACGCAAACGUCACCCCGCGCUACCCCUUCGGCUACGGCCUCUCCUACACUGGCUUCUCCUUUUCCAACCCCGUUCUCACACCACUCACCCCCAUAAACACCACCUUCCCUCCCCCCCGCGCCCCCAAAGGCCCCACCCCCGUCUACCCAUCCACCAUCCCAGACCCAGGCGAAGUCGCCUGGCCUGCCUCCCUCACCCGUAUCUGGCGCUACCUCUACCCCUAUCUCGACGACCCAAGCUCCAUCACCCCUUCCUCCAACGCUAGCACAUCAGAAUAUCCAUACCCAGCCGGCUACACCCUCACCCCGCACCCACCACCCCGCUCCGGCGGCGGCGCAGGCGGCAACCCCUCCCUCUACGACGUGGCGUUCACCCUCUCCAUCGACAUCACCAACACAGGCUCGUUCAGCGGCCGCGCCGUGGUCCAGCUGUAUGUUUCUCUUCCGGAGAGUAUCGGUGUGGAUGUUCCGGGCCUUCAGUUACGGGACUUUGGGAAGACGGGGGUGUUGGAUCCGGGGGAUGUAGAGACGGUGGUGUUGAACGUCACGAGGAAGGAUCUGAGUGUUUGGGAUGUGGAAGUGCAGGAUUGGAGGACUGUGAUGGCGGCGGAGGGGGUCGGGCUGUGGGUUGCUGGAGAAGGGGGGUAG